AUGGAACCGAAACCAGGUAAUAACGCUUAUCCUUCUGACGAUGACUGUUAUCAGAAUAGUGAUGAUGAUGAUGCUGAUCAUAAUAUUAACAAUAAUGAUAGUAGACAAGAAAAUGAAAACUUAACUGAAUACAACACUGAAACAUUAGACAUAUCUAAUCAACAAUUAAUUUCAUACGAUUUCGAUUAUACUACUGAUAAAUUAAUUCAAAAAGAUUUCCUAAUGGAAUAUGAUGAACUAAAUAAUAUCACAAUAAAUCAUAAAUUUAAUUUCAGCUCAAAACUUUCAAAAUAUUCUAAAUCUAUUCACUGUCAAAAUUCCAAUCAUCAUCAACAAUGGAAUUCUUCUCAUUAUGAACUAGAUACUACUUAUGAAGAUUUUAAUCAAAGUAGUAUUCAUUUUCACAAUGAUUUUGAUCAUGAUAAUAAUUGUAAUAUAGUUACUAAUCAUAGUACUUUUAGUGAGUUGAUAACUGAUGAUAUUAGUCAUAUCAUUGCAUCUAUUAAAAGGAGGAUGAAAAAAGCUGUUGAACAGAAACCAUCAAGAAAUAAUGUUAAGUCUAAUGUCCUCAAUGAACAACAACGUGUACAGAAGAAAACUUUUACUAAUUGGAUCAAUGCACAUAUGCAAAAGCUACCUGAUCCAAUGCAUAUUGAUGAUCUUUUCAAAGAUAUUGGAGAUGGAAUUAUUCUUAUUCAUCUACUUGAAGUAUUAUCAGGAGAAAAAUUGCAAAUUGAAAAUCCCCGUGUCAUUCAAAGAGCUCAUAAACUUAGCAAUGUUCGUAAUGCUUUAGAUUAUUUAGAGAAAACAUGUAAAAUAAAACUUGUAAAUAUCAAUCCUGCUGAUGUGGUCGACGGGAAGCCAGCUAUUGUUUUAGGUCUUAUAUGGUCGAUUAUAUUAUUUUUUCAAAUUCAAGGUCACCAGAAAGUUUUACGAGAUGCAUUGAAAUCGCGUCGUAAAAGUCUUUCGAAAUCAAUUGAUUCUGACGCCACUGGAAAUGUUAGUAGUAAAUCUGAGGAGACAAGUUUAUCUGAACAGGUAGAUAGUACAAAGAGUGUAACUGGUUCGAGAACUCGACAAGCUUUAUUGACUUGGGUGGAACAGUCUUUUCGUUCGCAUAAAUCAACAUUGGAAAUUAGAGUUACCGACUUUGCUACAUCUUGGCGUGAUGGUAAAGCAUUUUGUGCUAUGGUGCAUAAUAUUAAUCCAAGUCUUAUUGACAUGGAAGAAGUUAUGCAUCGGAAAAAUCGUGAAAAUUUAGAAUUAGCAUUCAAUGUAGCUGAACAACGACUUGGUAUACCGAAAUUAUUAGAUCCUGAAGAUGUUGAUGUAGAUAAACCGGAUGAACGUUCAAUUAUAACAUAUGUAGCACAAUUUAUGCUAGUGGCUAGUUCGCAUCCACCCAAAAUUAAAUCAAGAUCUGGUUCACGUCGAUCAAGUACAAGUAAUUCAGAAAAACUACAAUCUGAACAAAAAUUGAAAACAACAAACGACGACGUAAAAACUGAAUCUAAACCAGAAAAUGAAAUUCAUACACCACUUAGAUUAGCUUCAUUCGAACCUGACCCAGAAAUUGAUCCUGCAUUAAUUUUGAAUGCUUCAACUACAGCCAACUUCCUGGAACGUCGUCGUGCUAGACGAGCAAGUUUAAGUGGUCCACAAACUAUGGAUGAUGAAGCAUUGCAUAAUCUGAUUUUAGCUACAAGUCCUAUGAGUUCUGGGACUGGUGGUGCUUCCACACCGACAGACGAUGCAGCUACCGCGCUGUCGUCAUCCACACCAGGUUAUAUGCGUACUAUGUCAGGUUCACCAUCUCCUCCUAGUUAUGGUACAUCUCCGCAUCGAUCUGGGCGUGCACGUUCAUAUGCUGGAUUGCGUUUAUGUCGUGUAGCCAAAAAUGUAUCGAAAUGUCGAGCAAUUGCAAAUAUUCGUGUAACAGCUGAACCGCCUAGAGCUACUCGUAAUAUUGUUCCUGUUCUACAUUUAGGUGGAGAGGGUAAUGAGAAAACAGAAGCAGAAAAAGAACGUAUUCUACUCAUUAAUAUUAAAGAAUUAAUUGCUCGAGUUCGACAUAAUCCAAUUGAAUCACAAGAUUUUAUAACUGAAUUUGAAAGUUUUCUUCAAGCUCAACUUGAACAUGAAAAUAUGGCUGCUUAUAUUCGUGAACUUGAUGACAGAAAACGUCAAGGUUUAUUACUUGGCUUAAGACCAGAAGAAUUAGAACGUGCUGAAGCUGAAUGGAGUCGAGUAAAACCUGAACUUGAUGAAUGGCGUUGGCGUUUAGAUAAUGUUCUACCAGGUGAAUGGCGUCAAGUUGGUCAAUGGUUGUCAAAAUUAGAAAAAUGUCUUAUAACUGAUGCACUGAUAGCUUCACAACUUGGUUUAGAAUUAGCUCCAGAAGCGAAAAAUUUAACAUUGGAAGAACGUGUAACACGAUUACGAAAUUGUUUAAAUGAACAUGAUGAUAUUUUCAAUAAUAUUGAAGAGUUAAAUCCUUUAAUUCAUAGAUUAGAUGAAGAAAAUCAAAAAUUUAAUGAAAUUGCUCAAAAUAAUCCCACAUCAGAUGUAUUAACUACAUUGCCAACUCGUUUACCACAAAUGAUUGUUGAUUCACUGAAAUCACGUUUUAUCACGGCAUAUUUAAAUGGUCAAUUAACUAAGCGACGUUUAGAACGUUUAGUACUACGUUGGGAUUUAGCAUAUAAACUAACUAUGUUACGCGAACAUUUAUCAGAUUGGCAAGCAAUUAAAUGCAAAGAAAAAUCUGAAGUGAAUUUACGCAUUAAUGAAAUAAAAGAUUAUUUAUCAUCUAUAAAUUUGCCUGAAGAUAUGGACAAAGGUUUGGAUAAACUUAAAGAACUUGCAUCAGAACGUGAUGAUACAGCAUGUCAAAUUGCUGAACAACGUGAGAAAUUAGAAGCUGAAGCAAAAUUAUCAGGUCCUAUGACAAAUCAACAAGCUUCUGUUACUGCUGGUGGUGGAGCAUACAUUUUAACUGAUUAUGCUGAAACUGAACGAAAAGAAACGAAUUUCUUUUUAACUUCACUUAAUACACGUUGGAAGGAUACAUGGUCAGAUUUGUUGAAUAUACAAACACAUUUAGAUGAACUUUCUGUUAAAUGGACUCUAUAUGAAACGGAAAAACUACAUUUAGAUGAAUGGUUGACUGAAGUCAGAAAAUUACUUGCUGAUGAGAGUACAAGUCCUGAAGAACGUGAAAAAUUAUAUCAAGAUUUAAAAGAAUGGCGUACACGUGUUUCAAAUUUAAAUGAUCUUGGACAUGAAUUAAUGCAUACAUGUGAUAUGACAGCAUCAUCACUUUUAGAUAAUGAAUUAAAGGAUAUCAAUAAGCAUUGGACCGAAGUUACUACUGAAGUUAUCAAAUUCGUUGAUUUAGAUCAUGCUGAAGAAUUAAAAAAUCGUAAUGCUGAAGCUAUGCUUCGAUUGAAUGCAUUAAUGAAAACAACUGAACGUUUAUUAGUCUCUGAUUUUAUUCUACCAGAGACUACUGAUUUAGAUCAAGCUCAUGCAGCUACAGCUGAAUAUCGUCAUCAGUUGGAAGAAGCACGUAAACAAUUACUUGAAAAAGCUCAAACUGAUUAUUUGGAAGCUUUAAAAGCUGCUGAAGAAUUAAUGGCAGCUGCUAAAGCUGGUCAAGCCGAUAUGGAACAAGCGGAAGCAGUGAUGGCAGCUGUACGUGAAGCUGGCAAACAAUUAGAUCGAUUAGCUAAUGAAGCUGUUCAAGCGAGAUUAGAUGAAGUUGAAGCAGCAACUAAAAAAGCUGUGGAAUUGGCUCUUCAACUAGCUCCAAUCAAUGAUUGGGUACAAGAGAGUGAAGUUUCAACGGAAAUAUUAAAUUCUGGAUCAAUUGAAAAUAAUCUUGAUUUAACUAAUUUAACCACAGAAGAAGCUAUGUCAAAGUUGAAAGGUCAUUUCACAGCUUUAGAAGAGCAUGAAAAAGCUUUAAUUGAAGCUGAAAAACGAUUGAAUGACUUAAAAGAAUCCGGUCUACAACAUGUCGAUAUUAGUCAGUUGGAAUUAGCUACGGCAGAAGCUCGUCGUAAAGUUGAAGCUAUGCGUACUGUAGCGAAAUGUUAUGAACAUGAACUAGAUCGACGUAAAUCAGCGGAACAAUCAUUUUCCUAUGCGAUCAUAAAUAUUUCCGAUUGGUUAGAUGAAACUGAACGUCUAUUUCAUUUCGAUACAUUCUUUGAUGAUGAAGAACAAUUGCCUAAUACAGAAAUUAUUCAAGAUAAAUUAGUUGCACAUGAAGAAUUUUUGAAAAAAACUCAAACAACUGGUCAAGCUUGUUUAAUUGAAUUAAAUCGUAGUUAUGAUAGACUAGUAGAAUUGUUCUCAGGUAAUAGUGAAGAUUUAAUUGAAAAUUCUGCCAAUACAAUUAUUCAACCAGAUGAAGUUAGUAUGAAUAUACUAUUAGAAGCAUCAAAUCAAGUAACAAAAUUUCGUGAUCGAUUUGAUGAACUCAUUUCUAGAGCUACACGACGUCAAUAUGAACUUAAAUAUGCUUUAUUAGAAGCUCGUCUACGUGAGCAUUUAGAUAAUACUACUAAAAUAUUAAACGAUGAAGAAUUACGAAUGACAUCUGGUGAACAUUUGGCUAGUAUAUUGGCUGAUCAUGAAGCUUCAUUUAAAAAUACACAAUUUUAUAAUAUUUGUGAAGAGAUAUUACGUGAAAUGCGUGAAUUAGAUGAACAAAUGUCUUAUUUAUAUCAAAACGAUGCAAAUCAGUAUAGCAAACGUACAACACAAUUACAACAAGAAUAUAAUUUACUAAGUGAACGUGUGGGAAAAAUGGCGGUCAGAUUACGUAAUUUACCGGAACAAUGGGCUGAUUUUGAUGAUAAAUUAAAUCAUUUAUUAGAUUGGACAAAUGAAGUGGAAAAAUUAUUUAAUCAUUUACAAAAUGAUCCAUCGAAUACAACGGCUGGCGUGAAUAAUGAUGAAAAAUCAGCCAUUGAAUUAGCAUCACGUUAUCGUGCCAUGUUGUCUAGAUUUGAACAAAUGACUGGUAUGGUGAAUGAACAAAAUGCACUGGCGGAUAAAUUAAAUUUAAUGUUAGUCGAUUUAUCAUUAGAUGGUGGUGUAUCGUCAGGGGAAUUAGCAGCUAAACGUAUUGCAUUAACUACUGCUUUAGGAGCAUUAAAAGAUUUAAGCAAUGAAAUGAAUUCUAUACUAACUCGAGCUCCAUUAAUUGCUGAAACAUUAGAAUAUCGUGCUAAUGCAGUGACAGAACGUAAAAAAGCCAUUGUUGUACGUGAAGCAUUUGAACAAGCUGUACAAGAAGAUGCUGAAAUGUUACCAAAUGAUUUAGAAUCAAUUAAACGUUUAUUAGCUGAACGUGAAGCAAUGGUAGCUAGAUUAGCUGAAGAACGUGAUGCCAGUUUACUGGCUAUGAUACAACGUGGAUUAAGUGUUAAAGCAGGUGAAAUGUUAGAUUGGAUUGAACCAUCCCAGUCUGAAUUAAAAGCUACAUGGGCUGAAGUAGAUAAAGUAGCUGAGACUGGUUUAAAAUGUUUACGUCAAACUGCUGAAGCAUUUGAAGCAUUUGAAGAGCAUAAACAACGUUUAACCAAUUUACUAACUGGUACUAAACAUUUAAUUCAUGGUCAUGCUAGUGCAGCAACAGCAGCUGCUUUUGCUAUGGCACUGACUAGUAAAGAUGGUGGUACAAUUGAUAUUGACAAUGUAACUAAUACAAUGCAUAUUGAUGAUGAAACAAAAUUAUGGGCUAAUUCUUCAUUAGCCUCAGGAAUUGCUGGUGUUGUUGUUGCAAGUGUUGAAGAAGCCACUAAAGCUGGUCAAGAAGCUGUACGUGUUCAAACAGAUGCAAUUGUAGCUCAAUUAGAAGCAUUAGCUAAUGCAGAAUCGGAUUUAAAAGGUUUAAUCGCUGCUGCACAAACUAUGAAAAUGCGUUCUACACCAGAACGUGCUGCGGAGUUAGAUGCAACAAUACAACGUUUAGAAGCUCAAUUGAAUACAGCUAAACAAGAAUUGAAUACCAAAUUAGCUAAUCUACGUGCAGCCAAUGGAAAAUGGGAAGUAUUUUAUACAAGCACUAAAGAAGUAGACAAAUUACUUAAUAAUGCUGAAUUAAAUUUAUCAAAUAUCACCAGUGUUCAACCAUUAGCUAAAGGUCAUUUAAAUAGUAAUGAAUUAGGUUCAGCGGAAUCGUCAGCUAAAGCAGCUGCUACAGAAUUAGCUUUAUGGUAUGCAUCAGUAAAUAAUUAUUUAAAAGAUUUACAAUUAUCUGAACAACGUUUAUUGUCAUUAAAUAAUAUUUUCAAAGAAUUAACACUUUUCUCACCGAUUGAUUCAAUGGAAUUGAAUAACACCACGACCAAUGCAUUAGGAUCAAUAACCAAUUCAGAAAUAUCCAAAGCACAAAAUAAAAUACUUAGCUUAUAUCGAAGACAAAAAGCUCUACAAUCUGCAUUCAAUAAACAUUCACAAUCAUUGAAUACGUUGAAAAAUUAUUUAUCACAAUAUUUGGAAUUAGUCCCAACCAUUGAUAAGCAUUUAAUUGAAAUUGAAAAUUAUGCUGAACAAUUAUUACAUAAUCCAAUGAUUGAUUCAUUGGAAGAUUUAAUUAAUUUACGUGAUACACAUCAAACACGUCAAACUGUACAUAAUUCCGAUUUAACUGGAAAUCGUAAUCAAUUAUUAUGGUUAGCUACGAAUUUAACUAGUUGGUCACAUUUAAAAGAAGCUAAUGAAGCAUUACAAUCACGUUGGGAAGGUGUUAAUUAUUGGUUGAUUGAAGAAUCACAAUAUUUAAAUGAUUUAUACAAAAUGUGGACAGAAUGGAAUAAAGAAGUUGAUCAAUUCACAUCACAAAUAACUAAUAUAGAAAAAGAUGUUGAACAAGAAUUAAACAAUCUCAUGAUGGAUAUAACCAAUCAAAAAGUAAAAGAAUCAACUUUGGAUUCAACGAAUACUUCGAAUGAUUUAGAUUCAAAAGUGAAUAAAGCAAGUACCUAUCAAAAUCGUUUAUUCGAUGCUGACUCCUAUUUGAAAGCGUUCAGUUUUAAAACAGAAAAACUAUUAAAACAAAUUCUAGCACAAAAUGAUAUACACUGUAAGACUUUAUUAUCAAUGGAUAAAAUCAAAUCAUCACCAUCGUUAUCAACAAAAACCACAUUGAACAAUGAUCAAUCACAAUUGAUCAGUAUUAAUAAUAGUUCACAUAGUGUAGCAAUAAAAUAUCGUGAAUUAGAAGAAUAUUUAAAGCGUGUUCAAUUAAAAUGUGAAAAAUUGAACAAUGAACUGGAGAAUCAAUUAGAUACACGUGAUCGUUUAUUUCGUGAUACUGAUAAAUUAUUACAAUGGAUCAUAUCAGCAGAGAAACGUAUGACAAAACUUACAAGAAUUUGGGUAGCAGCAAAACCACCAAUUCUAACGAAUAAAUCUUACAAUUUAUUUCAUAAACCAUCAUCAAUAAUGAAACAACGAAAUGAUCAAACUGAUUCUGAUCAACAAUUAUUGAUUGGUGUCGAUUUAUUAGAAGCAUACGAACAAUUGAAAAUUCUAUACAAUGAGGCUAACGGUCCAAGAAUGAAUACUUUAAAAGAAUUAGCCAAUCAAAUUGAAGGUGAAAAUAUUGAUUUAACUGAUUUAUCUCAAAAAAUCGAUAGUCGUCCAAAUAGCAAUCGAUCAGGAAAUAGUAGUAUUAAUAAUAAUAACAAUCAAUCAAUCAAUGAAAGGUCACGUAAUCGACGUUCUGUAUCAUUUGAUUUAUUAGGCAAAGAAAAUAGUAUUGACUCGAUGAAUAAUGAUGAGAUUAAUCGUCAGCUGCAUGAACGUUUAAUUCGUCUAUUGAGUAAAUUAAAUCGACUAAUUGAUCAUUUGAAUCAACGUAUUACACUGUGUCAUUUAACUAUUGAAUAUGAAUAUUGUCGUCAAGGUUGGAUUCAAGAAAUUAACGCGCUAAAUUCACGUUUAAAAACAUUUGAAAAUAAUUCCAUCAUUGUGGAAUUGAAUAUUGACAAAAAAAAGAAAAAAUCAUCAUUGAAUAAAUCGAUUGAAGAAGAGAAUCAACAAUUAUUGAUUGAAGAAAAUGAAACUGCUGAUGCACAACCGGAACAACACGAAAGACAGUCUGAUGAAGUCACACAAUCUACCAUGAGUAUUGAUCGUGCUGCUGAUGAUGACGACACCGGAACAAUUAUGAAUGAUGACAAAAAAUCCCCUAGAUCAGUUGACCUGUUUCAGUCUACCAUCAAUGAUGCAGAACAAAUUUUAUUUCGAAAACAAACUAUACAAUCCGGUGUAAUCUACCAAUCAGAAUACAAAAAUUUAAGAAAUGAUAUUAUCAAAUUGAAAGACAUAAUUAAUCAUUGGCAAAUCACAUUAGAUUUUACACAAUCGAAUCAAAUUGAAAAUGAAUAUGAAGAAGAAACAUUGAAUACUACUAAUAAUUUAAAUUUAAUUGGACCAAAAGAAGUCGACGUAGCAGUUGUAUCCGCUGGUUUAAUGUUUGUAACUAAUAUCGAUUCAAAUUGGUCAUUUAGUACUGGAGUUAAUAAUGCAACAAUAACGAAUGCCACAACUACUACAGCUACUUCGUCAUUGUCUACAAGCAGUACUGCUGCCAACACUAAUACUACCUCUACUACUACUACUACUACUACUACCGUAGACCAGCUGACGACAUUACAACAAAUAGAACCAUUUAGUUUUUUUGUAGAUAUAGCUAGAUUAUCAUCAGAAUGUGAUAAAUUACAUGGGAAAUUAAAAGCUAAUUUAUUACAUGUCAUUGGGAUCUGUGAAAAUUGGCAACAAUUAAUUGAUGCACGUGAUCGACUGGUAGAACAAGUAACCGAUUUACAGCGGAAUUCAUUUGAAGCAUGUUUGACAGUGAGUCAAUCAGGUGAUCCAUUGAAAACCAAUAAACCUAUUGGUAUACGUUUAACACGUUUAGGUCAGCAAUUAUUGAAUUGGCAAAAUGAAUUGAAUUCAGUAAAUACUACUACUAAUAAUACUACUGCUACUACUACUGUUACAGAUGAUAGUAACGCAUUACAAACUAAUAAUGAUAAUAUUAGUAAUACAGAUCAAGCAAAUUUACCAAGUGAAGCAAUCACUAUUAUUCAACGAUUAACUGAUCUUCGACGAGCUGGUGAACGAAUUGUUAGUCUUAAUCCAGCACGUGGUCCAAAUGUUGACAGUUUAUACAAUACCACUGUCCAGUCAAUACGUUUAUGUGCUAUUUAUCUAGGUGAAAUUGGUCGACAUAGUAUCCUGCUAUAUGAUACAUUAUUAAAACGUUCAGAAUGUUUAAAUCAACUGACAGAAUUUCUUAAUGACAUUGAAAAACAAAGUGGCCUUACACCAGCUAGUGAAUAUCAAUCGGUUUUCGGUGAUUCAAAUUCAUUGGAACAACAGCAAAAUCAAAUGAAUAAUAAUGAUAAUAAUAAUUCGAACACAAUGAUAAAACGACCAAUCCCAGAUGAAAUUGCAUCACAACUCACACUAUUCGAAUGUAUGGAUCUAUGCCGAUUAUUGAGUGUGGAUAGUGUGAAAGAAGUAGAACAACAAUUGAAACCAUGUCAAUUGGCAUUGGAUGCUUUGAUGGAUAAACAAAAUACUUAUUUAAUACAAUUAAAUCAAUGCUCAUCAUUGGCAUUACAAACAUUUAAUGAAUUUCAAACGGAACUAUGUAAAUAUACUACUACUAAUAAUAAUAGUAAUAAUAAUAAUAAUAACAAAAAUGUAGAUCUAAAUCAAGAAGACCGAUUAUCUGAAACACAAAUCAAAUCAGAUCCAUUUCGUGGUGAAAUUGUGAAUCGUUGGCAAAGAUUACAUUUUCUUCUGGAAACAAUUAUACAACAAUUCUAUAUACGUCAUGCUGCAUUCAAAUAUUUAGAAGAUGGUUUUAAACAAUUAGAAUAUUGGCUUGAAAUUACAGAGUUAACUGUGGAAACAUGCAGUUCACAAUUAACAGCUAAUUCAGCUGCUUCUGCUAUUCUCUUACCAUUUCAUCAACAACAUUCCAUAUUAUCAACAAUAAAUGACGAAUCGGAGUAUAUUGAAAAUCCUCAAUUAAUUCUUGAUAAAUAUUCAACAGAUAUUGUGUAUUAUUCAAAUUUAUUAAAUAGUCUACAUAAUCGUAUUGAAGCUGAUUUAGCUGAUCGUGAAACAAUGAAAAAAACAUUUAAUACUUUAGAAUGGCGUUUAAAAAAGCUGCAAAAAUCAUCAGAUAAUUUAUUAAAACAAUGGAAUGAAGAAUAUGAAAGAUGUGAACAAUUGAAAAUUGAUCUGCACAAAUUUGAUACAUUAUUAGAAUCAAUUAAUAAAGAAUUAAUAUGUUGUUUUGAUUUUACUCAUUGUAACAGCAUAGACGAUUCAAAUAAUUCAACAGUAUCACUAUAUACUACAACUGAUAUACAAAGUAUCAAUAAUAUACAAGCAAAUAAUUAUUUGUUACAAUUAUGUAAAGCACAAUGUAUUCGUCAUCGUCUAGCCAGAUUACAUGAUCAUUCAUUAUGGUUACAUGAUAGAGCUCAUUUGUUAGCUAUUGGACCUAGUCGUUAUCAUCAUUAUCGUUCAAUGCAACCUUUAAAAGGUAUUACGCAACAGCAAGAAUCCGAUGUAUCUACUGAUGAUGAGAAGAAAUCUACCGAGUUAUUUACUGCAUCUAUUUUACUUGAAAGUGAAUCAGUCUCGUUGAAUCAUCGUUUGUCCGGUUUAAUUGCGCGAUCUACAAAAUCUGUACAUAUUUUACAUAUGAAAAUUAAUCAAAUCUUUUAUGAUGCUAUACAAAAUUUUCGUAUUUGGUAUGAUGAUUUACAAUUCAGAAUGAGUGAACUGUUGCAUUCAACUACAUUUUCAAUGGAUAAGAUAACAAUGACAAAUGAUUCCAAGCAAAUAUCAGCUGAUACAAAUCAAUCAAUGCAAAUUUUAUCUGUAGAUGUAUUGUCAUCCAAUUUGAAUAGCAUUCAUGCAACGAUCAAGGAUUUAAUUAGAAAAAUUCAACAUGAAUCAAAACUUGACAUUUUAAAAGAACUAGCUAAAAUUACACUACGUUCACACUACAUAGACAUUGAACCAGAUCAGAAAAAAGAUGAAGAGAAAGCAGAUGCUGAUUCUGAUAUUCAAACGAAAAAUGAGAAACAAGUAUAUUCACCAAAUUCUACAUCAGUUGACGAUAUCCAAGCAUCAUUGCUAACAACAGCGGAAUCUCUUUUACAAUCUGUAGAAGAUAAAGUUGAACAAAUCACGAAUCUAGUAGAAACAACUGACAGCAAUCAACUUUCAUCAUCACUGUCAUUAUUAUUGACAAAAUUCAAUUCCUCUGAUGUGUCUUCAUUGUUUAUGGAGUCUGAUAAUUCAGUCAGUCAAUUGAUUCGAUUAUGGGAUAGUCAAUUAUCCAAUAUGUACAGUGAAUUGAAAGAGAUUGAAUUGAAACUUGAUGCAGCACAAAAUGUUGCAGUACAAUCGAAAGAAUAUGAAACGUCACUUUCAAAAAAUAUAAUCAAUUAUGAGAAACAAUUUAAACAAAUUAUUUUAUGGCAACAAUCAAUUACUAUGGAAUCGUGUAAAAUUCGUUUGAAUCAAUUACAACAAUUACUCAUUCAAUUAAAUGAAAACACUACUGAAUUAAAACAAGCUCAUGAAAUAUUUAAUCAACUGAUCAAAUUAAGUCAUUUAUCAUUAUUUCAUGAAUUCAACAAUGAUCAAUCCAUUGAGCCUGGCCAACAAAAUGAUGCGUCUGACAAAUCAGUUGAAAAACAAAUUUACAAGUCAAUUGUACUUAUGAAAAUUGAAUCUAGAUUCAAUAAUUUACAGUUAUGCUUGGAAAAAUCUAUUGAUCAUACGAAUGAGUUGAUUUCUGCACUGGAAACUCAACAACAUGCAUACACUGAUGCAAAUGAUUGGAUUGAAAAUUUUACAAGUCAACUUCAUCAGAUUAUUACAGAAAAACAAAGAACUACACCUAGUCAUGAUAUUGUACAAAAGUAUCUUGAUUUAAUUCAUAAUCUAAAUGAGCAAUCGGAUAAUGGACGUUCCAAAUUACAAUCAGCUCAAACUUCUAUUGAAUGUGUAUGUAAUUUAAUUUUAAUAUCAGAAACAUUUUUGCAUAAAAUUAACACGAAUGAUAUUUUAUCAUCUAUCAUGAAACAAUCCAUGAAUGAUCAAGUGAAAUUGGACGAAUCAUCCUCUGCAUCGUUUCAUUCUGCAUUUAUAACACAAUUCAAUAAUCAAUUAAUAAAUGAUUCUUCAAUGUUAACCAAUCGUUUUAAUGUUUAUUUCAAUGAAAUUGAAACCAACUUAAAUGAAAUCCAACUUGAUUUAAAUCAAUGGACAACAUACAUGGAUUCGAAAUUACGUUUAGAAAAAUGGUUAACUAUGGUAGAAUUAGAUUGGAAAUUGAAUGAAUUAACUGAUUCCGAUGAAGUUGGUGAUAAUUUAACUCAGAAAAUGUAUUUUAUUACUUUAUACAAGCAACGAUUACAAGAUGUUGAUUUACAUGAAAGCCUUUUAAACACUGUAGUUGGUUGUGGAAAUCAAUUUAUUCGAAGAAAUUCUGACAGUAUGAUUAAUAUCAAUAAUAAUGAUAACAAUGAUAACAAUGGCCAAGUAAUUCUUCCUACUGAAGAAAUUCGAAAUUUUCGUAAACGUUUUGAAACACUUUAUAAUGUUAUUAAUAAACGUUUAAAAUUACAUCAAGAUCGUUUAGAACGAUAUAAAAAAUUUAUAGAAUCUGAUCAAAAAUUUGAAGAAUGGCUUUCUAAUACAGAGACAAAACUUAAUUAUUUGAUAGAAGAUAUUGUUGGAAGAAUUGAAUAUUUAAUACCUGACAAUGAAACCUUUAAUGUAACGCUGGAAAAUCAAUCCAAUUCAAACUCUACAAUCAAGACUCAAUUCGUUACUAAUAGUAAUAAUAAUAAUAAUGACAAUUUACCAAUGUACAUUGAUAAAAUUGAUAAAUUAUGGUUAUCUAUUGUCAAUAAUGCAGAAAAUCAAUUAGACGCCUUAACCUCAGUAUUUUCAUCAAUCCAAAACGAUGUAGAAAAUCCAGAGAAUUUUCAAGUAAAGAUUACUAAUCAUAAGAAUUGUAUAUUUAUUACUUUAAAAGAAAAAACUGAUAAUUUUAUUAACAAUUUAAAAGAAUAUCAACAUCUUAGUGAUGAAUUUUUAAAUCAACUUUCAAAAUCACAAACGUAUAUGAAUAAUCAAGAAAAAAGAAUCAAUCAAUUUUCAACAAGACAAAUGUGUAAUUCUCUAUCAGAUUCAACAAUGUUCAUUGGUGGUGGUAUGAUGGAUUUACCCGAUAGUCAAGAUGAUAAAUUAUUCAUUGUUCAGUCUUUGAAUCAAAUUCUAACGGAUUUAAACAAUUCCGAAUGUUCCAAUUUAAUUCAAACUCUACAUGAUACACAUGAAAAAUUAAUAUCACUACAGAAUAGAAUUAAACAAACUAAUUUAUCACAUCAAAAUAUUGUAAUCAUAAAUAAUCAUUGUUUAGAUAAACAUUUAAAUUAUAUAAAUAAUUAUUUAAUAAAAUUAAAAAAUUAUUGUAAAGAAUUAUUACAAUCAUGGCAAUUAGCAAUGGAUAAUCAUGUGAAAUUUCAAACAACUUUCGAUUUGUGUUGUAUGGAAUUUGAAACUAUCAAGACUAAUUUCAUGGAAGGUUUCAAUCCAUUUAACGAGGGAAGUGAAUCGACUAAAUCAAUAAUGAUAAACAAUAGUGACAUAUUACAAUGGAAUAAAGUCAAUCAAAUUUACACGGAUUUAUUAGUAUGGUUAUCAAAUUUAACUAAUAAACUUGAUCGAUUCAAUGUGAUCAAUUAUCAAUCUUGUAUGGAAUUAUUUCAAACUCUAUCAUUAACCACUAGUUUAAAAGGUCGUGAUUUAAUUAAUCAACAACUAGUAGAAUUGAAAAAAUCAAUGAAUCAAUUAUCCAAUGAUGUAAUUGAAUAUUAUCACCAAAUUGAAUUAACAAUGAUUGAACAUUUAAAAAUUGAUGAAGAAAAACAUGAACUUCAAAUGUGGUUCAAUGAACAAGAAGAGAAAUUAGUUGAAUUCAAUAAACCAUUAGAAAUAGACUUGCCAUUUGAUGAUGUCAUAACGCCACCAUCGUCCGCAUCAUUUAAAUCAUCUUUAAUUUCAUUAAAUACUAUUUUAUCAUCAUGGUCUAUGUUAAUCAAUGAAAGACAAACGAAUCUACAAAAUUUUCGACGAGUUCUCCAAAAUCUAUCUUCACGUAGUCAACAGCUACGUUCAUUUGAAGAACGUCAAUCUGUAGUUAUUUUAAAUUAUAAAACUUAUGUGAUUGAUCGUUUAAAUAAAUCAAUCCAUGUUGAUCACAUUGAACAAAUUACUCUCAAAGUGCCAACUGACAACUUGAACACAAAUUAUACCAAUUUAAUAAAUCACAACAAAGAAUUAAUCAAUAAAACUGAAAAACUCAUUGACCAAGAUACUAAAUUUAAUGAUCUAGCUAAUUCAUUAUCAACCGAGAUACAUACACUCUCAGAUAAUCUUCGUAUUUUCGAAGAAGAUUUAGUAGAUAUGAAAUCUAUGAAUUUUGCAGUAGAUACUAACAAAUCAAUGGUCCAUGCAGAAGAAUUUUCAUGGACACGUGAUCUAGUGCAACAUAAUAUCAAUGAAUUAAAUCAACAAACACGCGGUGUUUUCUUACAGAAUAUUCAUGAAAAAUUGAACGUACUCGAAGAGAUGUUCAAUAGUUCAAUUAGUUUAAAUGAUCCAGAAAAAAAUUUAUCGAAUGAAUUCAUUAAUUUAGUGAAAAAUCAAUUGAAUAAGCUGACCGAAAGAAUUGAUCAACAGAUACAAUUGUUUUCAUUAAUAUUGAAUCAAAUGGAAGAAAUGUCUAAAAGAAUUGAUCAACAAAAGGAAUGGUUUUCACAUUUACUGAUCAAGAUUGAAUCAGUUGAAUCCGGAUUACCUGUUGAUUUAGAGUCGAAAAAGGCAUUAUUAGUACAAUAUCAAGAUAUUUUAACCGAAUCUACGGAACAUAUUUCAGAGAUGAAUACCAUUUUGAAAGAUUACUGCUAUAAUACUGUAACAUCAAUUCCUACACAAAAACCAGAAUCAAUAGAUGUCAAUUUGAAUUCAUCAUCAAAUUUAAUGAAAAUGUAUCCUGUUGAUGUUCAAUUACUCAAAAGUUUAAAAUCACUUAAUUAUGAUAUGAAUCAAACAUUGGAAAGAGUCAAUUUAAAUAUAACUCGAUGGAAACGUGCUAUAACUCGUCAUGAGAAUUUAAUUGAAUCUAUACAUAAUCUUGAAACAAUUCUAACCAAAUGUGUUGAUAAUACUUUCUAUUGUGCUAAGCAUAUAUUGAAUUUAGAAACUGAAAUAAAUGAUGAAACUAUAUUACUGAAAUUUCCUUUAAGUAGUAUACUUUCCAAGUGUGUAAAUAUCAUACGGACAUAUAUCAACAGUGAAUUAGCUGAAAUCAAUCGAUUGUUGGACGAGAUUAAUUUAACUUAUGAUAGUGUCUUACAGGACACAUGCCCAGAGAAUAUGAAUAUUAUUAAACAACAAAUUAGAAAAAAUCAAAAUCAAUUUACAAGUCUGGAUCAUAAAAUACAUACAUUACAAGCCUAUUUAAUCAAUCUCAGUGAUCGUAUUGAAUUGUUCACCUCGAUCAAUAAUAAUAUGAAUAAACGAAUCGACAGUCUUUCCACUCGUCUUAAAUCUGAAAGUAUAAAUUUAUGUUCAACUACAGUUCAAGAAAUUAAACGAUAUAAUAAUAUUUGGCAUGGAAUGAAUGAAAAAGUUAAACAAUUACAUCAAGAUUAUUUAGAUGAAAUGACGCCUUUAAUUGAAGAAUUUAAACAAUUGAAAAUUGAACAUUCACAAUUUUUGGAAUUGUUUGAAAAGAAUUUCACAUUUGAAUCUAAAUCAGAUUUAAAUGAGGAGAAUGAUUUAUUGGAACAUUUUCCUAUCAUUGAAUCAAUCGAGAUUCAAUCUGUUAUUAAAGAACGAAAUGAGAAACUGCAAGAAAUUGUUGAAUUUAUCAAUAUGGUCAUUAAAUCAAUCGACACAGUCAGUUCUAUCUGGUCUCAAUCAGAACAAAAAUUUGUUCAUUGUCGCUCUUGGAUUAAUGACUCAUCAAAAAAAUUUAUAGAAAUUUCUCAAACUAACUUGAAAACUACAACAACUCCGACGAAGACUAUUCCUGACACUUCAGACGUGAUAGAUAGUGAAGAAAAAACAUUGUCUUCUGAUCAUAUUUUAAAUCAAUUUGAUCAAUACACAGCUCAAAAUCGUUUAUCGCUUUUGAAAGAAUUUCAAAUAGAAUUGAAUAAAAAUAAUUCAUAUUUUAAUGACUAUAGCAAUGCAUUAUGUAAUGUUCAGUCAUUAGAGUCAACAAUUGACAGUUUAUAUACUACAUUCAAACAAUUCGAUGUGGAUAUUAUUGAUAAUUUAAAAUUGAAUUAUUCCAAUUUAAUUGACAAAUUAAAUGAAGAAUUUAAACAAUUUCAAAUCAAUUGGGAACAAUUACAAACUGAAGUGAACAGUACACAUCAAACAAUGUAUCAAUAUUUAGAACAAAUAGAAUUAUUAGAAAGUAAACAAUUAACUCUUCGUAAAAUACUUACAGAAAUUGAACAGAAAGCUUGUUUAGGACCUUAUUCUUCUACAAAUUUUAAUGAGUUGGAGAAAGAAACAAUGAAUUGUUUAAAUGAAAUUAAUGUUGAUGAUUGUCAAGGAACAGAAAGUUAUGUAGUCAUUUUUGACAAACUUAUCAAUGCUCAACAAAAUAUUGUAGAUUGGUGGAAGACUUUUGUUCAAGAAGUUGAAGAAGAAAUACCUAAAGUGAAAGAUGAAUUGAAAGUGAUCAACAGUGUUGCUUUUCCUACUCCCACUGGGUUAACGAAUCAAUUAUUACACGUGGAAGAGAUCUUAGCUAAAGCUCAUGAAUUUCUACAUAUAAACAAUGAAAUUUUAACCAGUUUAAAUGUUAUGCUUAAAUCAUGGACGAACUGGCAACAAUGGUGGACUGUUGACAGUGAAGCAAAUAAUAUUCUUGUUCAUUAUGGUGAAUUAUCGAAUUUCAUACAGAAUUUAAAUCCAUUCAAUCAUGAUGGUUAUUUAGAUAAGACAGAAUUUAUGAAUUUACAGAUAAAAUUAACUGAACUUCAUCAAUCAGGUGAAUCUGAAGGAAAGUUGAAAUUGAUUGAUUUAGCGGAAAAUUCAAAUAAUCUUCAAUUAUUAUAUGAAAAACAAAAAAAUUCCAUGAAUUUUAUCAUUUUCUCAUCAAGUCAACAACAACAACACCAACAUACACCACAUGGACAGUCGUCAUCUGCAACAACAACAGCAGUGGCUUCAACAGUUCAACAACGUCAACUACCAUUAACUUUAGGCACUGCAUUCAUACAAAAAUUAAUACGUUUAGCUAAUCGUCAAUAUUCAAUGAUAUUUGAUGAUCUACCAUUGGUGAUUGAUCAUUUAACUAAUAAACUAUGUGUGAUCAAUGAAUUUCUUGAUGAAUUACAACAAUUUUCAACGAUACUUAAUCAUAAUGAAAGUAUAGUUGGGAAAUUAGAAACAUUUUUUGCAAUAUGUGAUGAGAAUCAAAUGAAUAGUGCUAAAUAUGAUUCUUUUGAGAAAUUACGAUUAUUGAAUAUUGAUUUUAAUGAAAUAACAAAAAAUUAUUUAGAAUUAAAGUUUGCUGAAAUAUCAAUUAAUUUAUCAAUUCUAUGGGAUGAGGCAAUGUUUAGUGAUUUUUUAAAUCAACUUUCAUUAUCUGUUAAAUUAUUGACGAAGAUAACUCAGUCAAAUAGUGAAAAACUUUACUCUUUAGAAAAAUUAGCCUGUAUGCUUGAAGUUUCAGUGACAAAGAGAAGAAAACACUUGACUUCAACAACAACAACAUCAUCAACAACCAAAAAGACAAUGGCGAAAAUCGGUGAUAAUGAUGACGAUAAUGAUGAUAAUAAUAAUAAUGACGAUCAAAGCGGGCAAAAUCCAGCUAAAUUAAUUGAAUUAAACAAUAUCACAUCUCGUUAUUCCGAAUUAGUUAAACGUGUUCAACUAAUUGUCAAACAAACAGAUACUUGUAGAGAUUUAUUAAAUAAAUUGUUGUAUAGCAUUCAUUCAACCGAUGACUGGAUUAAACAGUUGCAACAGAAUAUUUCUAAUUAUACUAAUCUGUCUGGUGAUAGGCAUACAUUACAAGUUCGAUUGGAAUUAGUCAAAGAUUUAAAUUUAUUAAACAAAGAAGCUAAUCAUCGUUUCACUGAUAUGAACAAGUAUGCUAUGAAUUAUUUUCUACACUACGUACCUAUUCAAUAUCAAAAUUUAGAAUUAAUUGGAAUGAAUGAUAUUAACAAAUCUCAACAACUUUAUGAAAUGUUGCUAAUCAUACCAAUGUAUUGCGUGAAAUUACAUAAAAUAUGGUUUGAUUGUCAUGAAAAAAUUGAAUUUAUCAUUAAAUCAUUGUCUGAUUGUAUAGAAACAUGGCAAAUAUUUGAAACAGCCUGUGAUACAUUACAAUUCAAUUGUCGUCAUAUUGAAAAUUGGUUAAAAGAACAAUCGACUUGGCUUGUAAAUGAACCGGAACAAAUUAAUGAAAAAUUAGAAUUACUUCAAUUGGUUUAUGAUAGAUUAGAGGUGACAUUUAGCAUAAAUGCUCCUAAAUAUAUGGAAUUAUGUAAUAACAAUUUGUUCAAUGGUCGUCAAUAUGAACAACAACGAAUUGUAAAAUUGCUCAAUGAAUCAACAACACAAGUUGACUUACUGAAUUGUACUUUAAAACGUUUACCUAAUCAUUGUCAUCAGUUAGCCUCUGAAGAUUCAACAAGUGUGGAUGAAACUAAUUUGAGUAGUAUUAAUGUAACGACAGCAACAGCAACAAAAGCAACAAGGGAAGAGAAGACAACUGACUCUUAUGAUUUAGCCUUGAAUCGUAUCAAAAAUCUUAUGGUCACAUUUAAUUAUUUGCAGAAAAUGACCAGAGAAAUUUCAGAUCUUUGGAAUACUCGUUAUAAAUUGUUCAUAGAAUGGAAUUCUAAGAUACAGAAUGCAGAAACUAAUUUAACGAAGUUAUGUUCACGUAUGGAGAAAAUUAAAGAACAAUUUAGUUCUAGCGAUGAGCAAUCAGAAAAGUCAGCAACAAUUUCAGACGAAAAUGAUAAUGAUAAAUCUUCGAAAACCAUUGAAGACAAUUUGACUUUAUUAGAUGAUAUUAUGAAAGAACGUGAAGUAAUCGGUGCUGAAUUUGCUGAGUUACGUAGUCGUCUAUGUAAUUUAUCUACUUUUAUGAAUCGUAUUAGUCAUAAUGAUCAACAACAGAGAAUGGGAGAUCUACAAUGUAGUUGGGAAGAAUUAGGUAAUGAUCUGUCGAAUUUACAACGAAGUCUUGAACAUAAAACUACAGUUUGGACUGAUUUAAUCUUACAAGUAACAAAUAUAUCCAACUGGCUUAAUGAAUUUAGUGAGCGUAUAAAAGUAUGGCAUAAAUCUUGCCCAUGGCUUUCGAUGAAUACACCUACUGAGCUUACUGACCUUUUAUCGUCGAAUACUUCUAAAGAUUCUUCAAAAUCUUCUUCUACAUUAAUUUUAAGUGAAUUUAAGCGUCAUUUAGAAGAUACUAGUAAAUUUACUAAACAAUGUCAGUCUAAUUUGAAUUUAGCUCGUGCACAGCAUUCAAAAAUGUCAUAUUUUCAAUCAGAAUUAAAUAGCUCUCAACAUCAAUGUACCGAAAUUCAAACUGAUGCCUACAAUGAACUACGCAACAUGAUGAAUGAAUCUAUGGAAAUUAGUAAUCAAAUUGAAAAUCAGCUCGACACUACAAUAUCAAUUGGGAAUAAAUUCAAAAUGAAAUUAAAUCAAUUUAUUAGUAAAUAUGAAAUUUGUUUAUCUUGUAUAAAUCGUAUUAAAACAGAUUUUGAUCAAUCUAUAAGUUCUAUACCAAAAUAUGAUUUAAUCAUGAAAUCUGAGAGUGAAAAUAAUGAGAUUCAAUCUUCAAUUGAAUCAUGUUGUCUUGUUUUAAACAAUUUAAUUGAACAAAUUGGUGAUGCUAAACAAUUAAACGAUUUAUUGAUCGAUACAUUAAAUGAAAAGAUAGAAGAUAAGAAUAGCCAAGUUUCGGAAGAAAAUCAUAAUUACACAUCAAUAUCAAGAAGAAAAUGA